AUGUGGAUGACGGGCCAGCUACGCCAGAGGUGUUGCCAAGGUCAGAAAGACCUACCCCCCUAUCACGACCACCUCCAUGAGGAAGACAAGACGGAAUUUGCUUCAUCACAAAAAGUUGUGUUAAUACCAUCAAGUCGUUUCCAGAGGCACGGAGAAGGCCGAGCUGAGGACUAUCCCAACUGCAAAGGGGAAGAAAAAGAGGGGAAACCCAACAACCACCAAGGCCCAGCACGCCCCGUUCCUGCUGCCCCUGGACAUGCAACCUGCCUUGGAUGGGACAAGCCGGGAUGCAGCUGUGGCUUUGGAAGGAACUGGGGAAAACUGGGGAUCUUUGCUGUCACGACGGUGGAAGUGAGCUCCUGGAGCCGGGUGCUGCUGCUCUCCAUGGGGCUGCUGGCUGUGUCGGUGACUGAGUCUGUGGUGGUUUUAGGGUCUAAUCGCAGAAAUGAAGAGCAGUUUGCCUACACCAACAUUGCUGAGGAGCUUGUGAAACUGUUCAAGAAGCAAAUAGAGCAUGAUAAAAAGGAGAUGAAGUUUGAAGUUUGGGCUCCCCUGGCAGAAAACAAGGUCGUUAAACUGCAGCUGGUUGAAGCAGGCUUGGUGGAGUGCUUACUUGAGAUCGUCCGGAAGACUGCGGACAGUGACAAAGAGGAUGACAUUGCAGAGCUCAAAACAGCUUCUGACCUUACGGUUUUAUUAUUGCUUGGAGAUGACUCCCUGCAAAAGUUACGUGAAGGAGGAAAAGGCGGUGUGUUCCAGAGAGUACUUUCAUGGAUUCCUUCCAAUAGCCAUCAGCUACAGCUUGCAGGAGCGUUGGCUAUUGCAAAUUUUGCCAGAAAUGGCGGAAACUGCAUCCCUAUGCUGGCUAAUGGCGUAGCUCAAAAGCUGAUGGAUCUGCUAGACAGCCAUGCGGAGGAUGGAAAGGGAAGCGUGCAGCACGCUGCACCGGGUGCUCUCAGAAACCUGGCGAUUGCCGUUGUAAAUAAGGCCAAGAUGCUCCAAGAUGGUGUUGCAGAAGCUGUAUUGAAAUGUCUCAGAUCGGAGAUGCCCCCUGUUCAAUUCAAGCUGCUGGGAACAUUAAGAAUGUUAAUAGAUGAACAAGCAGGAGCAGCUGAACAGCUGGGCAAAAAUGUAAAACGGGUGGCACGACUGGUGGAGUGGUGUGAAGCCAAGGAUCACGCAGGUGUGAUGGGAGAGUCCAGCAGACUACUUUCUGCACUUAGACGACACAGCAAAUCAGAAGAUGUAAUUAGGACCAUUGUACAGAGCGGUGGCAUCAAGCAUUUAGUGACCGUGGCAACCAGCGAGCACGUAAUAAUGCAAAACGAAGCUCUCGUUGCACUCGCGUUAAUAGCGGCUUUAGAGUUAGGCGAGUAUCCCAGCGGUUAACUCUACCUGU